AUGUCCCGGCCGUCCGUCUCAAGCCGGCCUUCGGGCGAGUUCAGCGAUGCUGCCCUGGGAGGCUCCUCCCAACGCGCCAGUGCCCUGUCAACCCGCAUUUCCAGCGUUCUGUCUGCCUCCUACGCCGAUCUUGAGAUCCGCGAUGCUCUCGAGACGUUGGAUGCCGGCGGCCUGAAGAACACCCAGGACAUGCGCCGCCAGCUGAGGCUUGACGUGCAGCGCGAAGUCAUCCGCUGCAAUGGCGACAUCGUCCAGGACUUCGGCCGCGUUGCUGAGCAACUGCGUCGCGUCGGCACCGCAAUCCAGGCCUUGAACCGGUGCUGUACUGACAUGCGCGCCCAAAUCUCGUCUGCAACCCGCGAGACGAAGCCCGUGCUGGACGACGCUUCUGCAUUGAUGGCCCAGAAGGCCGAUGGCGAGACAAGACUGCGCCUGCUGGACGCUCUGAAAUCACACUUCAUUCUCUCGGAUGAGCAGCUGUUUACGCUAACCUCGACCACCGAGCCCGUCAACGACGACUUCUUCCAACUCCUGACCAGGGUCAAGAAGAUACAUCACGACAGCCAGCUCCUUCUGGGCACCGAAGACCAGAGACUGGGCCUGGAAAUCCUCGAGCAGAGCUCCAAGCAGCUAAGCUCCGCCUUUCAGAAACUCUACCGCUGGGUCCAGCGCGAGUUCAAGACUUUGGAUCUCGAAAACCCGCAGAUCAGCGCUUCCAUUCGUCGCGCACUGCGCGUCCUUGCCGAGCGGCCCACCUUGUUCCAGAGCUGCCUGGACUUUUUUGCCGAGGCCCGAGAACACACACUGUCUGAUGCCUUUUACAGCGCCUUGACCGGAGCUGCCGAUGUUGGAUCCACUGCCAAGCCCAUCGAGUUCUACGCACAUGACCCACUACGCUAUGUCGGCGAUAUGCUGGCUUGGGUUCAUUCCACCACCGUGUCUGAGCGCGAGGCUCUAGAGGUGCUUUUCAUCUCGGAAGGGGAUGAGAUCUCCAAGAGCAUUCAGCAGGGACUUGAGAGCGAACCAUGGCUGCGCGUAGACGGCGAGGAUGGAGACGUGUUCGAUGGGAAAAAGGCCUUGCAUCAACUCGUCAGCCGUGAUCUCGCUGGUGUUGCGAGACUGCUGAGGCAACGGACGGAGCAGGUCAUCCAAAGCCAUGAGGACGCAGUCCUGGCCUUUAAGAUUGCGAAUCUGAUUGGCUUCUACCACAACACUUUCUCGAAGCUCGUCGGCACCGACUCGCCCAUCUUGGACGUCCUCGCUGCCUUGGAGCAAUCUGCUUUGAGGCAGUUCCGGGCGAAUAUGAGGGAUCACGUCGCCAGCGUCCAAAGUGACCUAGCAGUUGCGCCUGCGAACCUCGCGCCGCCUGAUUUCUUGGAUGAGGCCCUCGAAAUGCUGAAAGCACUGCUCAAAAGCUAUGACUCGUCCAUGACAGCGCUAGACAACCGCGAGAACGGAUUCCAGCCAGUUCUGUCCGAGGCUCUUGACCCAUUUCUCAACGGCUGCGAGAACCUCUACAAGAGGCUACAGGAGCCAGACAACGAUGUCUUCGCCGUCAAUUGCCUUCUUGCCGCUCGUUCUGUUUUGGCUUCCUUUUCGUUUGUGAAAGAGCGAGUCGAGGAGAUGGACGACACGAUGCAGGAACACAAAUCGAACCUGGUGGCCUCCCAGCACAGAUAUUUUUUGCACACGUCGGGACUUUAUCCGCUAAAGGCUAUCCUGUCCGAACUGUCGGACUCGGAGGACGACUUGAAGUCAAUCCCUCAGCUACCCCCUUUCAAGCCAGAGACUCUGGUCAACGUGGGCGGCCAGCUGGAUGAUUUCCUGCCCUCUGCCUUGAUGGAUGCGAUGGACAAUAUCAAACGGCUACGGGAUACAAGAAUGGUCCAAGCGAUUACGGAGGCGGCUGCAGAACAGUUCUGCGAAGAUUUUGAAUUCGUCGAGGAUCGGAUCCUGGCGGCAGAUGAGCUGCGGGUGGUCGAGAACGGCGCAGAAGAAGCGCCCGCUCCAAGCUUAAGGGAGCUCUUCCCUCGCACGAGUGGAGAAAUUAGAGUGCUGCUGAGCUAG